CGCCACAAAGCAGCUUCUACUUCCACACAUAGGGAUGUUGCCAAGCAAUGGUUUCCCGGAGCAACCAAACAGUGGGUUCGUUGGUUAUUCAUUGUAAGCCGCUGCUGCGGUGACUUUCAGGAAGGUUCGGAUGAGAGCGGAGACGCGUCCGAGCAGAGGGCGAGGGACCGGUUAAAUAACCUGUGGGACGUUACUGUUGUGAAGAUGGCUGCCAUGUUGGUGGAGGAGAGCAUUUACAAUUUAAUACCUCUGUGUCCACUCAAGCCUUCCAAGGGACCCAGAUACGUAUCGGCACUAAACCCAUAUGUGAAAUGUACAAUGCAACAGGCUAAAUCUCAGUGGAAGACUAUUGGGCCACCCAAAGUCCUUGUACCUUCUCCAAAAGACUUCCUUCAGAAACAUUCAAAGGAACCAAAACUACCAAAGAGGGGGAAAGAUCAAACUGGCAAGAAAACUCCAAAAUUAAGCGUUCCCUGCAGAACAGAUCACCCAGUGAUGGGCAUUCAGAGUAAAAAGAAUUUCAUAAACACAAAUGCAGCAAACGUUAUAAUGGGAGUGGCUAAGAAACCGGUACCAUUUAGUGUCGACAGGUAUCAAGGAGACAAAUUUCCCCUUGAAACUUCAGGACUAGUUCCAAAAUACCGGAAAAAAAAGGAUUAUGGUGUCACUCCAAAAUAUGUACUUAGGCGAACUGAAGAGGCAAAGAGAGCCCAGGAGGCAUACGAUGCCUACGUGAAGAAGACUCUCAGGGAAAAAGCCAUGAAACGUCUCUCUGAUGAAGAGCGGGAGGAACUUCUGGACGGUCUUAAGGAGAACUGGGAACAGGUUCAUAAAGCGUUCCAAAGCCUUUCCGUAGAAAUUGAUACCUUACCAAAGAAACUUAACAAAGAAAGAUUGGAGUUGCAGAUGAAACAGCUGGAACAUGACAUUAACAACAUAGAAAAACACAAAGUGAUUUACAUUGCAAACAAAUAAGGACAUUUUAACAGAAAAAAAAUAAUUUUUUGUGCUGAGAUGAAACUGAAGUUUGCUUUCCGUAGGAAGUGAAAAACAUGUUUACUCAACAUUAGGAAAAGUAACUAAUUUCAGUGAGUAUGUAAUCUUACCAUGUUUAAUAUUUUCAAGGUUGUAAAUACGCAUAAUGUACCUGUUUUUUUCAAAUACACAUCUAUUUUUCCCUCUAGAUUUCUACAUUAGGUUUAUAAUAUAAAGAAUGUGAAGAGUUUCAGAUAUCAUUAUAAUAUGUAACAUCCUGUACUGUAGUCAUUCGAGUAUAUGCAUGAAUAAAAAGACAGUGGAAAGAUUUGGGGUGGCGUUUAAUAAAGUGCUGUUGAUAUUUCA